CAUAAGUCAAAGUGGCAUACCUACACUUCAGAACUUCAACGCUGCAUUUGAGAGUAUCCUUACCGACGAUAUCUUCUCCCCUGAUCCUCGGCGAUUCCAUGUGAGGCUGUUUCUUCGUUAUAGUUUGCUAGCACUUGUAGGAAGACCGACUAAAAGUUCUACCGCCUGGAACACCGAAACAAUCGAGCUGAACUAUGCAUGAAAGGAGAGACUGCGGUUUCUGUGUCAGUUUUAUCCCACGUACAAUGAGAAAUUUCUGCGUUCAUUACUUUCAUUCUAUGGCGUGUAGCAGGCGGCGUCAUUUAGUGGAUUGGUUUGUUGAAGCGGCGUCAAAGACUGAAUCUCAACUCUUAGCCUUCCGUAGUAUGAAUGUGGUGCAAGGCGGAGAUAGCCUGUGAAGUUGAUCAAUGCGAGAUUAAGGUGAAUAUGAUGUCGUUUUGUUCUUCGCCGCAUCGUGUUGCGUCAUCACCGCACUAGAUAUCGUGUAUGUCCAGUGAUUUCACGAGCCACAAUUUUUUCUUUUGUAGAACUUCUAGAAGGUUUUGUCAAAUCAAAGUCCUGCCAUGUCAAAUUUAUUCUCUUUCUUCUGUGGCUCUAAGCCGCAAACGAUAGAAGGCGAGAGCGACCCUCCCUUCCGGCAUUACAUUCCACCCCACCCGGAGCCCAACCCUGUCGGCUCAAGUUCUCCAUGGCCCGACCCAAUCCCUGGGCACAAUUCUGGUUUAAUAGAACCAGUGGAUCAGCCACGGUCGUUGCGUAGUAUGAAUCGAACCAGACCAAACGUCAGAUGGAUAAUAGGGCUCGAUUUUGGUACCACAUUCUCAGGGUUCGCGUAUGCGCAAGCAUCAGGACCGGAAGAGAUAAGUGUCUACUUCGACUGGCCUUCUAGACAAGGAGAGAAGGUGUACUGCAAGACGUUGUCAGGAUUGUACUACAUUCAGGCAGAGAAUGGCGAAUGGGAAUGCGUGUCAUGGGGUCAUAACGCGCGAUCGGAUUAUUUGGAUAGCCAAAGGAGAAACCGUCCGAAUGGAGUGUACUUGUCAAAAUUCAAGCUGCUGCUAAGUAGAGAUGUUAAUGAUCCCGCUUUGGCAGCCAGUGUGCCUCCACCCCUCACGGUGCACUCUGUCAUUGUCGAUUAUCUGCGGAGAAUUGGUGAAUAUGCAUUGCAGGUGGUCAAGACGCACGAUGGGAAUGAGUUGUUUUGCAGGGAUUCAGUACAGUGGUGUGUGACGGUGCCGUCGAUCUGGGACGAGAAUGCCAAGCAGAAGAUGAAGGAGUGCAUGGUGGAUGCGGAGCUCGUUUCCGCUGAAGCUGGAGGCAAAGAGGCAGUGCAAGUUGAGUUCGAGCCGGAGGCCGCUUCGUUCCACUGCCAUCAAAUGCUGCGCCAGAGUCAUGCGAAUGUGAUCUUGGAACCCAUGGAUAAAAUGCUCGUGGUCGACGCCGGUGGCGGAACGGUGGACAUUGUCGUUCAAAGGUUGCUUUCGAGAUCAUUCGAGAGGUUCAAGGUGGAAGAAGUGACUCCAAGCACAGGGAGCUUUUGCGGUGGUACUUAUGUUGACGAAUCCUUCAUGCGGUUUUUGUCCGGGAAGAUUGAAUGUCUCGACGAGUUUUUGGAAAAUGAUGUGCCGAGCUACAGGACGCGACUACUCAAGGAGUGGGGAGAAGUCAAGUGCUCCUUCGGCCAUGACAUGGGAUCAAGAUCACAAACAAUGGAGAUCGACCUUCACUCCAGGUUACGCGAUAAAUGGAAGGAGCACGAGACCAGACAAGGCUAUCCAGCCCGUGAGAGCUACAGCGAGAUUGAACUCACCGAAAAGGAUCUGAAAUCCAUUUUUGAUCCUGUGGUGGAUGAGAUUCUGGAGAUGAUUGCCGCGCAGCUCAGACUAGUGUCAGACGUCAAGGUUAUGUUCGUUGUAGGCGGGUUCGCUGCUUCCCCUUACCUCAUGAGUCGGAUCCGUGAGCGUUACGGUAACGCCGUCCAAUAUAUCGUUUGCCCACAAAACCCUGGCAGCGCCGUUUGCCAAGGUGCGGUUUCCCUCUCACGCAAUCCCGACACCGUUUUCUCUCGAGUUCUUAGGAAGACUUAUGGGACUAGCGUGACCCUACCCUUUAGGGACGGGGUGGAUCCCAUUGAGUAUCUGAGAGUUGGCACAGGUGGAGUGAGAUGGUGCCGCUAUAGAUUCGACAAGUUCGCCACAAAGGGUGAAACUGUGGAGGUUAACCAGUGCGUGCAGAAGGCCUACGUCCCGCACUCUCCUGGACAGACUCGAAUAUUGUUCGAUUUGUAUAGUUCUGCGGAGGAAAAUCCGAGAUAUACCCAGGGAGCGAAUGUCACAAGAGAAGGCGGAUUCCACAUUGAUUUGCCUGCAAGUUACAACAGAGAACAGGCAACGUUUACAUUUUCGGUGUUCUUCGGACGGAUUAGCAUCGAGCUCCAUGCUAAGGCGAGAAUGGGAAGAGGUUCGGCAGGAAGGGAGGCACGGACCAUGAGUCUCCCUGUUUCAUACUAUCGUUGAUCUUCUUCCCAAUUUUUCUUGAGGAAUUGCUUAGUUCCUUCUCUGCAUGAAGAUAGUGUACCAUUGCAUCAAAACAUCAGGCGGCCGAAUUUCUGAGCUGAGACUGUCAAUCUCGUCGCAUCGAACUCCCAUUCUCGGAUGGGGUCUGCAUAUUUGAAUUUGAGUUUAGCUAUUUGCACUGAAGCACCAGAUAGCAAGUGACGCGAAGACUGCAUCCUAAUGUCCAAGCCUUCAAGCUUUGCGGCAGGCCAUCUGGUUGCUGGAUUUUGAUGAUGUCGAGUGCGCGCUCGCCAUGAUCCGAUUGACGGCGACAAAUUAACCAUUGUCACUAUCCAUGGUCGUUUGCAUUCCAAGCUUGGCACCCUUUUUGUUUUGAUGCGCUACUGGUCGUGAUGCAUCACUCACCAAGAUCAAGGUGUGUGCUGCUCCAUAUCCCCACUGAACACUUGUGCCUGCUCGCGUUUAUCAGUUUUCGAGAUCUGUUAACAGCAUCGUAGUUGAAUGUUUCUGGUAGCACCGAGCAGGAUAGUUGCAUUACAUCCUGUGUACAUCACAGAUUUGAUGUAGUUUUAUAAUAGAAAUUGCUGUACCCCUUUCACAGCACAUUAGAAAGUCAAUUACGUGUUGGGGUAGGGUAGGAGAGAUGGAUCUUGAGAGGGGAAAGCGAACCCAUAUUAUGAAUGUUUGGGUGUAGAAAUAUGUAUCUUGUUAUAAUUAAACUAUUCUCUUGUGAACGUUGUGACAUAUUUUUGUUCCAUUUCAACUAUUUCUUUUACAA